UUGAACAAUUAACAGAAGAACAAUCUCGCUCCACAUCAUUAGAAGAAAAGAUUGAAAAUCUAGAGAAAGACUAUUUGUUGCGUGAGAACAAUUUUAAGACAACAAUUUCCAAUCAACAACUCGAUAUUGAUCGAAUAAUUGAGAGAAAAGAACGUCUGACUGAUCAGUUAUGGUCUUUAAAGGAAGCUCUAUUGGAGAUCAAUACCCUUUAUGAUAAAGUAGAGAAUCCUGCAAAUGAAUCGAUUAAACAAGAUCAAGAAAUCGAAAGGGAAGAAGAAGCAGAUGAAAAGAUAAUGAAUGAUUUUAAGAGGCAAGUUGAAACAGUAAAAGAAAACCAAAAUUCUGUCCAGAACAAGAUUGGUUUGUUGAAAAGUCAAUAUGAUAAUGAUAUUCGUAUGUUAAAAAAUCAGCUUGUCUUAAUUGAACAAGAAGAGGUAAAGAAAGAUGAUUACGAUAUAUUGCAAAGAAAUCUAACAAAUAAAAAUAAUGAAAUCGAAUCGUUGAAGAAUCAAGAAAAAGAAUAUAAAUUGGAAAUAGAUGAAUUAAAAGUUCAAUUGAAUAUGAAUUCAGAAGAAAUCAAGAGAUAUCACACAAUAGUCGAAACACUAGAAAACAAAAGAAAUGUGAAGGAGAAAAAUAUUCUAGAGUUAACCGAACAUAUUGAAACAUAUAAAAAUGAUAUAAAUACGUUAAAACUAACUAUAGACAACAAAAAUAAAGAAAUUGAUCAAUUAAGGCAAGAUCUUUUGGAUAAAUCAGAUCAAACCGAUAAAUUACAGAGUGAAAUUGAGAUUUUGAAACAUCGAGAAAUGGUUUUGGAUAACGAUAAUAGUGAAAAAGAAAAACUUUUAGUUGUUCAUAAACAAACAGCUGAUGAACUAACGAAAAAGACCAAUUAUAUUCAACAGUAUGAAAAUAUUAUCGGUGAUUUGAGAAGCGAACAAACCAAAUUACAGAAUGAAAGUCAGCAAACUAAAACAAAAAAUGAACAAUUAUCGAUGGAAUUAGAAAGAGUAACAAAGGAGAAUGAAUAUUUUAGCGAUGUUCAAACUAAAAACGAUGUAUUAGAAAAUGAAAUUAAACAGUUAAGAACCGAUAAUAAACAACUAUUUGAAGAAUAUGAAGAAUUAAAACAGCAGUUAAAUACAACAUUAGCAGAUAAAAUACGAGUAGAAAAUGAAUUAGAUAGAAUACAACGUCAGUUAGAAACAAGUGAAACCGUAUUGAACACAAACCGAGAAGAAGACGAAAUGAAAUUGAAACAAACAUUAGAAUUCAACGGACAAGAUGUUGAAGAUCUACAGCAUCAAUUAAACACAUCUGGUUCAGAAAUCGAAACUAAAUCAAAGCUAAUCGAUGAAUAUGAACAUGAAAUUAUGACAUUGAAAGCAAAAAAUGAACAACAUGAAAGUCGUAUACAUGAACUGGAAAAUCAACAAACUGAAUUUGAAAAUGAUAAAAAUGAAAUAGAACGUCAACUAUUCCAGAAAGAUGAAAAAAAAUCUGAGUUAGAAUUAACAUUACAACAACAACAAGAAAGUGCUGCAAAAUUAAGAAAAGUAUUACAUAAAAUGAAAGAAUCUAUGACAACUAAUGAUCAAGUACAAACAAAAGAAAUGGAAAAUAAUUUAAAAAAAUUAUCGAAUGAAUAUGAAGAAAAAUUAUUGGAACAAGAACAAGAAUAUAAUGCAAAACUAAAAGCAGUGACAAAAGAAAUGAAUAAUCAAAUAGAGGAGAAAGAACGAAUAUAUAAUCAACAACUAAAUGAAUUUAUUGAAAAAAGUUAUAGAAAUGAAAACAAUUUAAAAGAUGAUAGUGAAAAACGAAUAAAUGAUUCUGAUAAACGCGCACUUGUCGCCGAACAAGAAGUGCAAAAAUUACAUGAUACAUUACAGGAACGACAAUUAGAAUAUCAUAAUGCUUUAGCUGAACUUGAAUCAAAAAUUGUUGAAUUAACACAAAAACAAGAAGAACUAAUUCUGGCUGCGGCCGAAUCUAAAUCUAUAACGAACAGUGAUGAACAUCAAAAAAAUAUUCAUGAAUUAAGUAAUAUUGAAAAAUCAUCCAAUGAUCAAUCAACUCCAUAUAAAGAAGAUUCAUUUGACAGACAUGUUUUAACAUCGGCUCAAUUUGAUCAACAUUCUGUUUCAUCUCGUUUAUCUUCUAAUGUAAAAAAUGCGUCCGAUUCACGAUGGUCAGGAGCUAAAACAAGUCCUGUACGUUAUGGAUCAAAUGACAGUCUUCAUUCAUUUAUGUUUGAAGCAACAGAAGUCGAUUAUCUCAAACAAAUAGUUCUUGCAUACAUGACCGGCACAGAUCCAGUUACAAUGGCCAAAGUAAUUUGUGCCGUUUUAAGAUACACAGAUGAUGAAAAACAAUUGAUUCUUGAACAUGAAAAAGUUCGUCAAUCCCAUUGGUUUUCUUCAACACGAUAA